CAUUAGAGUAAGACAAGAAGCCUUCUUCAUAACCAUAGUCUUACUUGUUUGAUCAUCUCAGUCUCCUUCUUCUCAUUAAGAGAGAGAGAGAGAGAAUCAUAGUGAGAGAAAGAGAAUGGAGGGAAGAAAAGAGUAUCCAAAGAAAGAAGAUAUUACUGUUGAUUGGAGAGGCAGACCCUCCAACCCUCAAAAGCAUGGUGGAAUGAGAGCUGCAGCUUUUGUCCUUGGGCUUCAGGCAUUUGAGAUAAUGGGAAUAGCAGCGGUGGGGAACAAUCUGAUAACAUACUUGAUAAAUGAGAUGCACUUCUCAUUGGCAAAAUCGGCAAAUAUAGUGACGAAUUUUGUUGGCACUAUCUUUCUCUUGGCCCUCCUCGGUGGCUACCUUUCUGAUUCCUAUCUUGGGAGUUUCUGGACCAUCCUCAUCUUUGGCUUUCUCGAACUUUCUGGUUUCAUACUACUGUCAGUGCAAGCUCAUCUUCCACAACUAAAGCCACCUCCAUGCAAUAUGCUACUAGAAGGACCACAGUGCAUAGAAGCCAAGGGCUUCAAAGCAUUUAUAUUCUUCUUAGCAAUAUACUUAGUGGCAUUAGGGAGUGGUUGUGUGAAGCCCAACAUGAUAGCUCAUGGAGGUGAUCAGUUCAAUCAGGAGAACCCUCAGCAGCUAAAGAAGCUCUCUACUUACUUCAACUCUGCAUAUUUUGCUUUCUCCAUGGGUGAGCUUGUUGCCCUAACCGUCCUUGUUUGGGUCCAAACCCACUCGGGUAUGGAUGUCGGGUUCGGAGUCUCCGCUGCCGCCAUGGCAUUGGGUUUGAUUAGCUUGAUCUCUGGUACUCUUUAUUACAGAAACAAGCCACCUCAAGGCAGUAUCCUCACUCCCAUUGCUCAAGUCUUUGUGGCUGCAACUCUGAAAAGAAAGCUGAUUCGUCCUUCUAACCCACAAAUGCUUCAUGGAGGGCAGGGCCAACCCCCUCACGACUCACCUUCUGCUUCCCUCCAUACCAAUAAGUUCAGGUUCCUUGAGAAGGCCUGCAUCAAGGUCCAAGAUGGGAGUGACAGUAACACAAAGGAGAGCCCUUGGAGAUUAUGCACAAUUGAGCAGGUUCAGCAAGUAAAAACCCUACUUUCAGUUCUUCCCAUUUUUGCUUGCACCAUUGUCUUCAACACCAUCCUUGCUCAGCUUCAAACUUUCUCAGUCCAACAAGGCAGUUCCAUGGACACCCACCUCACUUCUUCUUUCCAGAUCCCUCCUGCUUCCCUCCAGUCCAUCCCUUACAUCCUCCUCGUCAUCCUCGUCCCUCUCUACGACACAUUCUUCGUCCCCUUCGCCCGGCGGUUCACCCGCCACGAAUCCGGCCUCUCGCCGCUUCAGCGCAUCGGAAUAGGGCUCUUCUUGGCCACCUUCUCUAUGGUCUCAGCUGCCCUAAUGGAGAAGAAAAGAAGAGAUUCAGCACUAACACAAAACAAGACCUUGUCCAUUUUUUGGAUCACCCCACAGUUCUUGAUCUUUGGGAUAUCAGAAAUGUUCACAGCUGUUGGUUUGAUUGAGUUCUUCUACAAGCAAUCACUUAAAGGAAUGCAAGCUUUCUUGACAGCAGUCACAUACUGUUCUUAUUCCUUUGGAUUUUACUUGAGCUCUGUGUUGGUUUCUCUGGUGAACAAGGUCACCUCCAAUGGCGGUUGGCUUCGAGAUAACAACCUUAACAAAGACAGGCUUGACUUGUUCUACUGGUUGCUCGCUGUUCUAAGCUUCCUUAAUUUCCUGAACUAUCUCUUUUGGUGCAGAUGGUUCAAUUAUAACCCUUCCCUCUCAUGUAUAGAGAACAAUGGGGAUCAUGAUGCCACAGGGAACGACCAUAGAUCCAAGAACUUUGGAGAUGAAAACAUUCCUUAGUUAUUAAUCUAUGGAACAUUAUCUUCGAUCUUUAUAUUAUUAAUUGUACAAGUAGAAAAGUAUAAGCAGUUGUGAUGGCCUGUAAUUUAUGUCAAGCUAGUUAUUGAUAAGUCCCUAUGUAUUAUAUAUAUACCAAUUAAAGUCAUCCUUGCUUUUAUUGGCCAAACAAAGUCCCUUUUUAUUUUGUUCUAUUUUUUAAUCAACAACUUAGUCCUUUUUUGUA